ACGAAGAAGAAGAAGAGGAGGAGGAGGAGGAAGCGAGGAAGGGCAGAGGCACCAACCCGGGCAGAGGAGGAGGCGCGGCGGCGGCGGCGGCGGCGGCUCGGACCCCCUCCCCGGCCCGCAUCUGUGCAGCUCUCCGGGCGAUGCCAGAAUAGAUGCCGGGGCAAUGUCCCGCCGCAAACAGGGCAACCCGCAGCACUUGUCCCAGAGGGAGCUCAUCACGCCAGAGGCUGACCAUGUGGAGGCUGCCAUCCUCGAGGAAGAUGAGGGUCUGGAGAUAGAGGAGCCUAGCAGCCUGGGGCUGAUGGUGGGUGGCCCCGACCCUGACCUACUCACCUGUGGCCAGUGUCAGAUGAACUUCCCGCUGGGGGACAUCCUGGUUUUUAUAGAGCACAAGAAGAAACAGUGUGGAGGCCUGGGCGCCUGCUACGACAAGGGCCUGGACAAGGGCAGUCCUCCACCCUCCUCUCGCUCUGAGCUCAGGAGAGUGUCUGAGCCAGUGGAGAUCGGGAUCCAGGUCACCCCUGAUGAAGAUGACCACCUACUGUCACCAACGAAAGGCAUCUGUCCCAAGCAGGAGAACAUUGCAGGGCCGUGCAGGCCUGCCCAGCUGCCACCGAUGGCCCCCAUAGCUGCCUCCUCUUCCCACCCUCCCACAUCUGUGAUUACUUCACCUCUGCGUGCCCUGGGCGCUCUCCCACCCUGCUUCCCGCUGCCUUGCUGUGGCGCACGCCCCGUCUCGGGCGACGGGGCUCAGGGUGAGGGUCAGAUGGAGGCUCCCUUUGGAUGUCAGUGUCAGUUGUCAGGUAAAGAUGAGCCUUCCAGCUACAUUUGCACAACAUGCAAGCAGCCCUUCAACAGCGCUUGGUUCCUGCUGCAGCAUGCGCAGAACACGCACGGCUUCCGCAUCUACCUGGAGCCCGGGCCGGCCAGCAGCUCGCUCACGCCCAGGCUCACCAUCCCGCCUCCACUUGGCCCCGAGGCCGUGGCGCAGUCCCCACUCAUGAAUUUCCUGGGGGACAGCAACCCCUUCAACCUGCUGCGCAUGACGGGCCCCAUUCUACGGGACCACCCCGGCUUUGGCGAGGGCCGCCUGCCAGGUACGCCGCCGCUCUUCAGCCCACCACCGCGCCAUCACCUGGACCCACACCGCCUCAGUGCAGAGGAGAUGGGGCUCGUGGCCCAGCACCCCAGUGCCUUCGACCGAGUCAUGCGCCUGAACCCCAUGGCCAUAGACUCUCCCGCCAUGGACUUCUCGCGGCGGCUGCGAGAACUGGCUGGCAACAGCUCCACGCCGCCGCCGGUGUCCCCAGGCCGUGGCAACCCUAUGCACCGGCUGCUGAACCCUUUCCAGCCCAGCCCCAAGUCCCCGUUUCUCAGCACGCCACCGCUGCCACCCAUGCCUGCGGGCACGCCGCCACCGCAGCCUCCCGCCAAGAGCAAGUCGUGUGAGUUCUGCGGCAAGACCUUCAAAUUCCAGAGCAAUCUCAUCGUGCACCGGCGCAGCCACACGGGCGAGAAGCCCUACAAGUGCCAGCUGUGCGACCACGCGUGCUCGCAGGCGAGCAAGCUCAAGCGCCACAUGAAGACGCACAUGCACAAGGCGGGCUCGCUGGCUGGCCGCUCGGACGACGGGCUGUCGGCUGCCAGCUCCCCAGAGCCAGGCACCAGCGAGCUGCCUGGCGACCUCAAAGCGGCCGAUGGUGACUUCCGACACCAUGAGAGCGACCCAUCGCUGGGCCCCGAACCCGAGGACGACGAGGACGAGGAGGAGGAAGAAGAGGAACUGCUGCUGGAGAAUGAGAGCCGGCCUGAGUCGAGCUUCAGCAUGGACUCGGAGCUGGGCCGUGGUCGUGAGAACGGAGGCGGCGUGCCAGGCGUGGCGGGUGCGGGUGCUGCAGCCGCGGCGCUGGCAGAUGAGAAAGCGCUGGCACUGGGCAAGGUGAUGGAGGAUGCGGGGCUUGGCGCACUGCCACAGUAUGGGGAGAAGCGUGGCGCCUUCCUGAAGCGUGCAGGUGAUGCGGGUGACACGGGUGCUGGUGGCUGCGGGGACGCAGGUGCUCCAGGCGCGGUGAAUGGGCGUGGCGGGGCCUUCGCACCGGGCGCAGAGCCCUUCCCAGCACUCUUCCCGCGCAAGCCUGCACCACUGCCCAGCCCCGGGCUUGGUGGCCCAGCACUGCACGCGGCCAAACGCAUCAAGGUGGAGAAGGACCUGGAGUUGCCGCCUGCUGCGCUCAUCCCAUCCGAGAACGUGUACUCGCAGUGGCUCGUGGGCUACGCCGCUUCACGCCACUUCAUGAAGGACCCGUUCCUGGGCUUCACGGACGCGCGCCAGUCGCCUUUCGCCACGUCGUCCGAGCACUCGUCUGAGAAUGGCAGCCUCCGCUUCUCCACGCCACCGGGGGACCUGCUGGAUGGUGGGCUGUCGGGCCGCAGCGGCACAGCGAGCGGGGGCAGCACGCCUCACCUGGGUGGCCCGGGUCCUGGGCGGCCAAGCUCCAAGGAAGGCCGCCGCAGCGACACGUGCGAGUACUGUGGCAAGGUCUUCAAGAACUGUAGCAACCUGACGGUGCACCGGAGGAGCCACACUGGAGAGCGGCCUUACAAGUGCGAGCUGUGCAACUACGCGUGUGCGCAGAGCAGCAAGCUCACGCGCCACAUGAAGACGCACGGGCAGAUCGGCAAGGAGGUGUACCGAUGCGACAUCUGCCAGAUGCCCUUCAGCGUCUACAGCACCCUGGAGAAACACAUGAAAAAGUGGCACGGUGAACACUUGCUGACUAAUGAUGUCAAAAUCGAGCAGGCCGAGAGGAGCUAAGCGCAUGUGCGGGGAGCAGCACGUGCGUCUGUACAGUGUGACCAUCGCCAACCAUCGCCAAUGGGACCCGGUGACCGGACUGGCCUCUGUGUCCCCGGGGCCCAAGGGAGGCGGCAGUCCAACCUAACCUGUGUCUGCGAAGUCCUAUGGAAACCUGAGGGUUGAUUAAGGCAGUAAAGAUUUAAAAAAAAUUGUGGAGCCUUUUAACUGUGCAAUAAUUUCUG